AUGUCGACCAACACUUCUUCAACUAUCGACAAGAUGAAUACUUUAUCCAGCCGCGAAUAUGAAGGUCAUCAGGGAAAUAUGUCUGCCGAUGGUCACAAAAGCAAUGUUGUAUCUGGGAAACAAUCCAUUGGCAUUUCGGGAGCAAUUGAGUCGACCGAGAAUCAGGAGAAUUUGUCAACCUUCCAUCACUUUCGAAAGUUACCCGUAGAGAUACGUCUGAUCAUUUGGAGAAAAGCCUGCGGAACACCACGAGUUGUGGAAAUCAUAUACAAUCCGAAUCGGCGGAAGUGGAACAAAUUUCCAUCUAGAACACUCACUCCGGCACUUCUCCAUGUUUGCCGAGAGGCUCGUACGGAGGGAUUGAAAUGCUACGAAAUGCUCCCCGGAUAUGGUGAUAGAAAUCAGUACCGGGAAACAUACGUGAACUGGGAGGUGGAUUAUAUUUUCCUUGCCGAAGAAGAAACUCGUUGGAAAGACUUCCUGUUCGAUGUGCUAGACGUCAGCCAGCCAACAAACACGGUACGGGAAAAGUGCCGCCAUUUAGUAAUGGAGUAUCAUCAUGAGAUACACCUGUACCAUAUUUGCAACAUGUUUGGUAUACCAGCGAGUUUUAGGGAGAUCUUUAGGCAGCUGGAAUCUUUCACAACCGUCUGGUACCCAGCCUCGUGGGCAGACCUAAACAUGUCGCACACCAUUGAGAUCUACAAAAACCGCCCCGCUGAAGGGGAAGCAGAUCUUUGGGAUGCUAUGCUCGAAUUCCAAGCGACAAAUCCAUCUAUCGUGGUGGAAUACGGAAAGCUGAAAGGAAGAGCCAAUUAUCGGCUUAAGACACAAGCUUGGCAAUUGAAUGCCAAAACACCAUAA